GCUUAUCACUAGUACAAUAAUAGAUUUUCUUAUAUUUCAAUCUUAUGUGGGCCCUGGGGCCCCCACAAUCUUAAAUCCGGCCCUGAAUAUAUGAUACAUAUAUAUGUACAUAAACUAUAACCGACAUUUUAUCAUUGGAUUGUUGGAGUCAUGGACGCUAUUUUAUCUACGGUCAUGGAGGUUAAAUCACCGAGUUGUAAAUUGUGAUAGUCAAAUGUCAGUAAAUAUUUUGAUUGGCUGAUAGGAGGACCACGGAAUUAAAAUUGAUAUUAACACUGUCUCUCUGAGAAGGUUAAUAGACGUUUAUCCGUAAGUUCUAGAUUUAAUAUUACUCUACAAUAUGCCUCAUUUUCGAUUGGAAACCAAUGUUCCAAAAUCAAAAGUUACUCCCGAAUUACUGAAAAAACUUUCCAAAGCUGUGGCUUCAACUCUCGGCAAACCGGAGUCCUAUGUAGUUGUGACUGUUGUACCUGAUCAAUUGAUGGUUUGGGGUGGAAAUGAUAAACCAUGCGGUACUGCUUUGUUAAUGAGCAUUGGUUGCCUAGGCGUUGAAGAAAAUAAGAAACAUGCUGCUGUUUUGUAUCCACUUUUAGAAAAAGAGCUAGGCAUUCCAGGAGAUAGGUUAUACAUAACAUUUUCAGACCAAAGUACAUCUAAUGUUGGUUAUACUGGAACAACUUUUAAAACAAUUUUUGGAUAAUUUAUCAUUGAAAUGACAAAUAUUUGGAUACAAGUCCAGACAUACAAAAUUUACAGGUGUUUCUGUUUUAAUUUUUAUUUAAUUGAAAAUAAACAUUAAAUAAAGUAAAACAAAUAGUCUUAUAA